AUGAAUAUCGAUGUCCCCGGCAUCGUGGAGGCGGCCCUCCCCAAGGGCCAGAAGGGCAAGCGCAAUGUCGCCGUCAUCGCCGACAACAUGAACGGGCCCAACCACAAUGACCCGGGCUUCCUGUCGGACGACUUCCCCAAGAACCCGCCCAAGCUGUUCAUCACGUCGGACGACGAGGAGUUUGACGUCGGCAUCGUCAACGCCUGGCGCGAGGAGGGCUUCCAGGUCGAGUACCUCGCCAUGGGCGCCGGAGGCAAGGAGUACCGGAUGAAGCUGGACGGCCUGCGCCAGACCGGGUUCGGGCCCUGCGAGACCUACGGCAUCGUGGCCUUUGGCGAGGCCGCUUCAAUCUGCCUGGAGCACUUCCACAUCCUGGACAACAACCCGGACUUCAAGCUCAGCUGCCUGAUUGCGUACUAUCCCACACGCAUCCCGGAGCCGCGGGGGCGAUUCCCCGGAGGAGUCCAGGUUCUGGUGCACUUGGCCGGCGACGAGGUCGGAGUCGUGAAGCGCAGCCAGAUGGUUGGUAUCCAGGGCAAGAAGCGAGUUACCCGCAAGGCGAUCGACCGGGGCAUGGGGACGGGUGGCCUCGUGAGAAUGGCCUACACAGCUUUCAGCUAUGACGCAGAGCCUGGUUUCGCCGAGGAGGACCUCGAUGAAUACGACAAGAUCAUGGCCGAUCUCGCAUGGGAUCGCAGUCUCGCGACUGCGAGGCGCGCGUUCCGCUGGGACACGAACGUGAUGGGAGUUGUGGAGGAGAACAUGGAAAGCAAGUUCUUCGCCCAGAGUGAGGGCAGGCUGAUGAAGACCUACACUACCCAGCACACGCCUCAUGUGUCGUUCAUGUCGACACUGGUCGGUGGCAUCGGGCACGCCGAGAUCGCCAAGUUCUACGGCGACUUCUUCUUCGAGACCAACCCGCCGUCGCUGGAGGUGACGCUGAUCUCGCGCACCAACAGCGCGGACCGCGUGGUCGACGAGCUCCACGUGACCUUUGACCACACGCAGGGCAUGCCGUGGAUCCUGCCGGGCGUGCCGCCCACGAACAAGACCGUCGAGAUCAUGAUCAUCAGCAUCGUGACGCUGCGCGGCGGCAAGGUCUACCACGAGCGCAUCUAUUGGGACCAGGCCAGCGUGCUGACGCAGGUCGGCCUGCUGAACCCCAACCUCGUGCCCAAGAAGAUGAAGGGCAAGGGCAUGGAGCGCCUGCCCAUCGUCGGGGGCCAGGCCGCCAGACGCGUCCUCGAGGGAGGCUACGGUGAUGAUGAGGGCGAGGCGGACAAUGAGCUGCUGCCGGAGUUCUGGGACGAGGACGAUGAGGACGACGAAGAUGAAGAUGAAGAUGAGGAGGAUGAAGGCAACGGUGAUGAAGACGAGGGCACCGAAGGCGAUGAUGAGGCCGAGGACGAAGAACACGAGCAAGACAACAAAGUCAAUGGGACUCAAGCUAAGAAUGCUACUCCAGCGACCCACGAGAACAUUCCCGAGCGGCCCAAGAAGUGGAAGUCGAGGAACAACACUCCCAAUGGCCGAGGGAAGCCAUCGAAGGCUGCGUCCGUCGAAGACGCGGAGGAGAAGGAGUAG